AUGCCAAAGACGCAGGCAAAGGCAGAGAAGUCUUCUUCCAGCAAAAAGUCUCUAUCUGACCGACAAACAAAAGCAACGUCCUUGGAAGCCACUUCCUCAAAGAGCCUCGAAGGUGUGGGCAGCUGCAGAUCCCCCAUUUGGCCUGAGUGGAAUGAUGCUGAAGUCGCCGAGGAAAAAUGGGGCUCAAGGAAUGGACCUAAAGAUCGGAAGAGAAAAGAGAGUUCCAAAACUCCAUUUUUUGAAGAUCCAGAAGGGAAAAUUUCUCUGCCUCCAUCUUUGAAAGUGCACACUUGGAAGCGCCCUGGAGAGUUUAUUAUUGACAAGGACAUCACUGUUGUCAACAAUCAGAUGACCUUUGACCUGGUCUUUCCCAACGAUCAUCUGCUUCGCAGUGAGCUGAUGAGAUGGAUCAUCAGUGAGAUCUAUAUUGUAUGGACGCUGUCUAAGUCUGCGUCAACAGAGCAAGAUGACUGGAGACCUUGGGAGCACAUCUACUCGCUUUGUGAGGUGGAGAAAGGUCAUGUGCCACUCUACAACAGCUAUGGGAAAUAUGUGGUCAGACUUUACUGGAUGGGUUGCUGGAGGAAGAUAACAGUAGAUGAUUUCAUGCCAUUUGAUGAAGACAAUAACCUGCUUCUCCCUGCCUCCACCUGUCAGUCAGAGCUGUGGCCAAUGCUGUUGGCUAAAGCUCUAAUUAAAGUGGCCAACACAGAGCUAGUGUCAGAAGUUUGCGACGAGAUAGGCGAGUUCAGCGUUAUUCACGCGCUCACCAGCUGGAUCCCAGAGAUCAGUACAAUUAGGCCAAUGUACACGAAAAGAAUCUGGGAUUUCUUACACGGCACCAUUCCUGAGUUUACACACCUGGAUGAGAGUUUGCCUGAGACGACGCCUGAGACUGCAGAUCCAGCUACUGGGAGAGAUUCCACCCUACGGGACGACGGGAAUCAGCUGCCGGAGAUAGAGAAAAGUGGCCCUGAGGUCGUGGUGUGUGCCAGCUACUACCCUUUUCAACUACGGAACUACUACUUGCGGUUUGGCCUCAUUACUAAUUCCUCAGAAUGCCUUCGUCGCCACGGCCUCAUCUCGCUGCACAACCAUAUUGUCCUGUUGACUAGGACUCGCGCGUGCCAGCUGGAGGCACCACCCAAACCUCCACCUGUGCCCCAAUGGAAAGUCAUCCGUCAGCGCGAGGAGAUUGUGGUCACUGCUGAACCGAAGAAGAUUCCUUUGUCGAAACCAGAGCAGUUCAUUGAGGUUGCCAGCCCUUUUCUCUCCGACCGUGUCAAGAGCAGCGGUGGCGCACUCCCAGAGCUGUGCGCCAAGCAGGACGCUUCAGGGAAGUGUUCCUAUGGAUCCCCUCUGGUGUCCAUUACUGAGGAAGGGGAGGCUGAAUGUCGAGGAGGCCCUGAGCCUGAUGCAGCUGAACGCACUGCUAGCUCACCAAACAGCGCUGAUAAAAUACAGGUUACUGCAGAGGACAAGAAGAAGGACGAUGAUGACAUCUCCAAUGAUAUGCCCCAAACUGCAAUUGCAGUGCGUGUAGCUGAGGAAUCCUCCGCUGUUGUCAGUCCCAUCCUACAGAAGACCUGGGUGGACCUGGAUGACUUUGCUAAAUGCUUUCAGUUACUCUGGGUGUUUCAUAAGCCACAGGUCUAUCCGCAUCAUAUCCAGAAAUCAUAUUUUAAGAGCACCAUCUUGCCUGAAACUACAGGAGGAGUAAACUGCGCUGGAUCACCUACCUCCGGAUCCCUUGCUGUAGCAAGCCCUGAAUGUCUAGAGGUCAGAGAUUGUUACUACCUGUAUGUGGACAGUCUGCAGCCUUCACAGAUCCUCAUCAGCUUCACAGUGCUUCUCCUCUGGGGAGAUACAGCCAAGGAGAAAAAGGACAUGUCAGCGGCACAAAGGCUUGCCGGCCUCUCCGCCCUGCCGUACUGCUGGACAAGUGUGCGUUCUGAGCUGCCAGUUCUCACCAUCAAGACCACCUCCUCAAUGGCAGCUGUGCUUAGCUUACCCCCGGGGCGCCAUGUGCUACGCGUCCACACAAGCGCACCGCUGGGCUACCAUGUCCACCUGUGCAGCAAGACACCGUUCAUCUUUGGGGAUGAAGAGACCGUCAUGUCACACCUCGGAAACAAGGACAGUGCUCGUUUCACUGAGCAGGCGUCGUCCAUCUUUAGGGCCCUGUGCAGACUAGUGACUUCCUUUGGUGAUGAGCAGGAGCAGGCAGCGCUUAGAAAGAGCCUGGAAGAGGCUCACUGUCCCCAAAACAUCAGCACCGCCCUGGAAAAAUGGGAACACUACAAGGUAUUUAACUCAGCAGUUUACCACAUGCUGUGUGAGGCUCUGGGCAGGAAGCUGACAGCAGACGAGCGAUUGGCUGUACAGGCCCUCACCGCUGACCCCUCAGUCGCUGCCCAUGACCCUAAAGAAUACUCCCCUGCAUUAGAUGCAGAUUUAAAGCCCCCAGAAAUCUGGAGAGACAGGCAGCCAACAGACAAGGAGCUCAAGGCAGUCCCCGUUCUGCAGGCUGGAUUCAAAGGGCAGUUGGAGCAAGAGGUCCUUAAUGCCUCAAAACCUGGAACGAAGGAGAAUCUCACUGCGUCUAAGAUCCUUUUGGAAAUGUGGCCGAAGAUUGAAUCCGACGCCGACAGACACGCUGCCUUCUUGCUACGGUAUAUCAUUGAAAAUUCUGAGGGGAAAGCAGAGCUCUACCCCUGUCAACAGGAUGAAUCGGCCAGAAUCACCUUUGCUGAUUAUUCCGUCUCUGUUCAAGACACCAGCAACUCCUGGCUCUUGAUCUUUAGAGAGGUGUUCCUGGUUCCUGAGGAGAUGCUGCUGGUACCACAGGUCCACUCCACAAUCCCUAACUGUUGGCUGCACGUCAUAAAUAAUGACACAGGAGAGGAGGUGGAUACGAUCGGCAGAGAAGUAGUACCCCAUGUCUAUCAACCAAAUAAGCUCGGUUUUACCUUUGUAGCAGAGAGCAUCACACCUGAACUCACCCCUGCUGGCGCCACAUGGAGGAUGCGCCUGAUUGGUUUAAAGGAACCCCUUCCAAAACUGUCCCAUGAGACUCGACCCAAUACAUUCUCAGUGAAGAAAGUCCAGGAUUAUUACGUUCCCAAUGACAAAAAUCUCAUUUGUCGCUACCGUGUGCAGGUGACGUCGGACACCCUCGGGACGAUUCAGUUUCAAACUUCCAAGCCUGACGUGUUUAUACGCCUGUCUGUUCUGGACCAGGAGAAGGAAGUGGAAUGCAGAACAGGACAGGGCCAUGUGACAAUUCCUGUGUUCUAUUUCCUGGCCAACACAGACCCCGGCUGCACAGAUGAAAAGAACCAGAAGGGAUCCCCCACCCAGGACGCUCCGCAGCACAGGAAUGGGGCUCACAGCACAGUCGGGAAAUCAGACUCUUCAUCUGACCAGCUUCAGCCUCCCACAGAGACUAUGGUAUCACCGACAACUGGUCAUAAGCACAUGGUACAGGCAGAGGUGCUUCAUAAGAGCUGGGAUUUGGAUGAAUCUCAGUUGGCUUUUGUUCAUAUGCUCAAAGAGUUGGAGAAGAAUGAGAUGAGAGUACACAAGCCAGAGGAUUCGAAGCCUUCAUCCACCAGCGACACACCAAGCCGUGGGGGGCGCAAACAUUCCAAGAAGCCAGCUGCCAACUCCAAAUCUGGCUCCAGGAAGGAAAUG